AUGAGACACUUUUCAGUAACAACUACAACUUACUCGGUGCCCCCCUCUUCUCCAUCACUAUCGUCUGCGUCAGCAUCGGUAUCAGCUUCAUCUAGCACUAGUCGUAGCACACUAAACAACACAGGUGCAACUACUACCUCAAGUCGUCGCACAUCGUACCCCACGCCCAGUUGCAAAGCUUUUUCGUCGUGGCAGUUGGACUGGGACCCAACGUUGCAGCAGCACUACUACACCAACUUGCAAGAUGGCACCAUAAGCUUUGAUUCCCCCUGUGAGGUAUCACAUCGCAAACGCAAAAACUCGCUUUUCAACGGCAUCAAGCGCCGAGUCUCUCCCUGCGGUAACUCCUCGAGCAGCAGCAGCAGCAGCAGCAGCAAGAGCUUGUUGCAAAAGAUCAAGAGCUACGGCAAGAAAAACAGGAGUUCGGAGCUGGUGCCCGCGGCUGCUAAGGAUUUGCAAAAGACCAACACGAGCGGCACCACUAACUCUGGUGCUAGUCGCUCGUUGUUUGAUGAUCGCGCGUACUGGCGCGAGGAACAAGGCGGACUACAGGGUUUGGAUGAGGAUUUCUUGUUGAUGAAUGACCAGAGUAACCAGUUUCGCAACUUUGCGGGCACGUCGCUGCUUGAGUACGACGAUUACGAGUCAAUUACUACUGAAGAGGAGGAGUUGGCUUCGUACGUCAGCACUGAAGGAGAUGCAGAUGCAGAAGAGGAAGAAGAGGAUGAAAUGGACCAAGUUAGGCCGUUUAAUUCCAAGUACAUCUAUGGCGACGCGGUUGAAAAACCAGCGCCAAGUCGAGACGAUACCAGUUUCAGAUAUUGGACCGGUGCCGAACAAGAUGAAGAAGAAGACUAUGAUGACGAUGAUGAAAGUAAUGUUGACUUUGCUGAUUUUGACAAGGAGAUUGAACGACGUGAGUUGAGAUUGCAGAUGUUGAAAGAGUUAUACUGA